CUUUCUCUCUCAUACUCACACACCCACUCUGCUCGCAUACAGAUACACUUUUCUCUGCUUCCAAGGGUUUCGAUCUCUCUGUAAAUUUUAUUCCACCGACCUCAGAUUACAAAUGGAAUUCGAAAUCCAGGGUUUGUUAAAUUUGUAAUGAAUUAAUCUCCUUUCUCUAUCAUCAUUUUUGCUCGUUCAAUUCGAAAUCUUUGAAGAUCUGUAUUAACGAAAAUUAAAAUUCAAAAUUGGAGGUAAUCAUUGGAGUUGGGCCAUUUGAAGGGUCUGUUUGAUGAUUAGAGAAGCUCUCAAACAUUUAUAAAAUAUUGACUGGUCAAGUUUAAGGGGUUGAGAGAGAUGGACGUGGAUUUCAAUGGUGACGUGGCGAGUCUUGAUGCUGAAAUGCUGCAGCUGCCGGAUGUGUCUCCUUUGGCUAUUAAAGCUAACCCUCACGUGGCCGAGAAGCUUUUUGAUCAAUGGCUUUCGCUCCCUGAUACCGUAUCUCUGGUAAAAUCUUUGCUCAUUAAUGCUAAGGCAGGUGGCCCAUUGAAUGUCUCUGGGACAUCAUCUGGUACAAAUGCUACAGCAAGCAACACAUUGCCAUCAAUGUUUACUGCUGUAAGUACUCCUCCACUUUCACCAAGAAGCUCAGCGGGCUCUCCCCGGGUAAUGAAACAGAGAGCAGGCCCAUCUGCUUUAGGAUCUCCCCUGAAAUUAGUGAACGAGCCUGUAAAAGAGCUUAUACCUCAGUUCUAUUUUCAAAAUGGUUGUCCUCCGCCAAGUGAAUUAAAAGAACGGUGCUUGUUUAGAAUCAAUCAAUUUUUUCAUGGUCACGUGGACGGACUCCAAAUGAAUGAAUUUAAACCAGUUACUAAGGAAAUUUGCAAGGUUCCGUCGUUCUUCUCCACUGCGCUUUUUAGAAAGAUUGACUCUGAUAGCACUGGAGUUGUGACCAGGGAUGCAUUUGUCAAUUAUUGGAUUAACGGCAACAUGUUGACUAAAGAUAUACCAAUGCAGAUAUACACAAUCUUGAAGCAGCCGGAUCUAAAAUUCUUGAGUCAGGACGACUUCAAACCUGUGCUUCGAGAACUUUUAGCUACUCAUCCGGGAUUGGAGUUCUUACAGAGUACACCUGAAUUUCAAGAACGAUAUGCUGAAACUGUGAUAUACAGAAUAUUUUACUAUGUGAAUAGAUCGGGCAAUGGUCGGCUUACCCUCAGGGAGCUAAGACGUUCAAACUUAAUAGCUGCAAUGCAACAUGCUGAUGAAGAAGAGGAUAUCAACAAAGUCUUGCGGUACUUCUCUUAUGAACAUUUUUAUGUGAUAUAUUGUAAGUUUUGGGAGCUGGAUACAGAUCAUGAUUUUCUAAUCGAUAAAGAGAACCUCAUUAGAUAUGGUAAUCAUGCACUCACCUACAGGAUUGUUGAUAGAAUAUUCUCUCAGAUUCCCAGAAAGUUUACCAGUAAGAUUGAAGGAAAGAUGGGAUAUGAAGAUUUUGUUUACUUCAUAUUGUCAGAAGAGGAUAAGUCAUCUGAGCCUAGUCUUGAGUAUUGGUAUGUCUAUUGCUUGAUUUAUGAAAUUAAAAAAACAUUUUGCCACUGUCAAGCCUUAUAGACUGGUACAUUUGAAUUUUCUUUCUGCUGUGAUCUAAUUGACCAGCUAACCAAAGAAGAAACUUAUGUUUCAAUUCUAAAAUUAAUGUUCGAGAGAGAAUGAAUUGACACUGAGUUUUAGAAUUUUUAAUUGCUAAUGUGCUGGUCUUCAAAGUGGAGAAAAUGGUAAUGCCUAGCUCUUACGGUGUUGAGCUUUGGGAUCAGGAAAUUAUUUUAAACUGAUUCACUUUCGAGCCUGAACAUGUUUGUAGUUCCCUGCCCUGCACUCCCAACACCGAUCAUACUCACGGGAGAUUGAGAAAUUGAGGGAGUAAAUUCUGGCUUGGUUUUCAUUUGGAGAGUGUGACCGAUUUUCUCCCCGAGUUUCCAAUAGGGGCUGGGAAAAUGUCUGAAUGAUUUAUAUGGCUAGACAUUUGAUUAUAGUUUCUGUUGGAUUUCUUGGAAUUAUGGUAAAAAUUAUGAAUGUUCAUCAUUUCCACACAUAU